CAUGAGUUAAAUGAAUUGCUUAAUCAUUUUGAAAUUAAAUCAACUUGUUUGCAUUCAAUGUUACCUUAACAUGAAAGAAUCAGUAAUUUAAGAGCUUACAGAUCAUAAAAGACUUAAGUGUUGGUAGCCACAGAUGUAGCAUCAAGAGGACUUGAUAUACCAAAUGUAAAAUUUGUUAUUAAUUGGAAUGUUCCUAAAGUAGAAGCAGAUUAUAUUCAUAGAGUAGGUAGAACGGGAAGAGCUGGCAGAAGCUAUGUAGAAUAUAUCUAUUUCAAUUAGAGGUACAGCUAUAACAAUGAUGACCUAAUUUGACGUAGAAAGAAUAUAAGCUAUUGAAAACUUAAUUAAUUUGAAAUUGGAUGAAAUCAAAUUCAAUGAAGAGAAGGUCGCAGAGGCCAUUAAAACCAUUAAAAUUGUAAUUUUAUUUACAAAUAGUUUUUAGAAAAUGCAGUAGGAUGGUACAACAGAAAAAUUUGUGGAUCUUCAAAAAGAAAAAAGUUUAAUCUAAAUAGAAAAGAAUAGAAAGUUUAGAAGAAUAAUCAUCAUGAUUUGUUAAUAUUUUUUUUUAGAUUACAUUGA